AAAAUAACGCAUCAACACAAGAGCACAUACGGCAAACAAACGAUAAAGUGGCAAAGAGAGGGAGGAAAGAGAGCAACCCUUCGGAAUUGACCUUUGUUAGACUCAAUAAACCUACCAGAUGCAUCAUAAUUAGCAGAUUACUAACGGAGCACGCGGAUAUGAUGGAGAAAUUAAAAAUCGAAGAUUGAAAAUAUAGUUAGGAAAGGAAAGGCUUUCUCGUUCAAAUUCAAGUUAUUAUUUUAAAAAUUCAGGCCUAAAUUCAAAUAUUCGUUUGACCUUCUAUCCUAAAAACUAAUCCGGCUCCGAAUAAACAGCUCGCUCGGCCUUCAAAAUUUCAAGGACGCGUGUGACGUCACGAUUUUCGAAAACAUCGCUGUAUAAUUUUAAUAUCAACGCUCAAAAUGUCACUGGCCACUAAACUACGAAGAGUUCGAAAGUCUCCACCAGAGGGAUGGGAUUUGAUCGAGCCCACACUAGAACAGUUCGAAGCGAAAAUGCGUGAAGCCGAAACAGAACCACACGAAGGAAAGCGAAAAACUGAAAUUAACUGGCCGAUUUUCAGAAUUCAUCACCAACGAUCACGAUACGUCUAUGACAUGUACUACAAGAAAGCUGAAAUUUCCCGUGAAUUGUACGAAUUCUGCUUAACCGCCAAGUUCGCUGACGCAGCACUUAUCGCGAAAUGGAAGAAGCAAGGAUACGAGAACCUGUGUUGCGUUAAAUGUGUGAAUACUCGAGACAGUAAUUUCGGCACUGCGUGCAUCUGUCGAGUUCCAAAAAGCAAACUUGAUGCGGAGCGUGUUAUCGAAUGCGUUCAUUGUGGAUGUCAUGGUUGCUCUGGAUGAUCUCUAUUUUUAUAUACUCUCAUAUCAAGGUUUUGUGAAUCCCCCGUUCCCUGAACUUUUUUAUUUAUUCUUUUUUUUUUCUUCUUAAAAUACAUAACGUUCUCACUGAAAUUGAAAUAAAGAAUUGGAAGGCUGAA